AUGGCUUGUUUGAAGAAGUAUGAGCUUGAGGUUCCUUCCUUUUCUCCCCUACACGUGCCUUACAGGCUGCAUCCUCCCCUUCUUUUUGAGGCCUUCCUAGUGGCUCAUCAAACAAAGCUUGAAGGUUCUCCUCAUCAAGUACACAUGGCGCUUAAACAAGUCGAUCAGCUCUUGGCUUAUCAGGUCUUGGUUUCUCAAGUCUUGCUUCUUGACUCUUAG